AGUUGUAGCUGUGACUUCUUCUUUUGAGGUACACUUAAUUUUGGAAGUCUCUUAGUCCUAUGAGUGAGUGUAUAGCAGUUUGUCUCUGAGCUCUGGCUUCUUUAAAUGAAGCUGGGUCUCUGGGCAAUAUCUUUAGGGAGAGAGAUACAAAGGUUCCUGGACCUUCUCAACACAGGGAGCCCGUGUAAGGAUGCAAGAGCGGCAACUUCAAGGUACAGAGAAAAGAGGCUGGUGGUCCCUGAAACACUGGUCUGUGGCUGGGAUUUUCAUUGCACUCCUCAGUGCUUGCUUCAUCGUGAGCUGUGUGGUAACUUACCAUUUUACAUAUGGCAAAACUCGCAAAAGUCUGUCUGAACUACACUCCUAUUAUUCAAGUCUCACCUGCUUCAGUGAAGGGACAAAGGUGACAGCCUGGGGAUGUUGCCCAGCUUCUUGGAAGUCAUUUGGUUCCAGUUGCUAUUUCAUUUCUAGUAGGGAGAACUUUUGGUCUAAGAGUGAGCAGAGCUGUGCUGAGAUGGGAGCACAUUUGCUUGUGAUCAACACUGAAGCAGAGCAGAAUUUCAUUGUCCAACAGCUGAAUGAGUCACUUUCUUAUUUUCUGGGGCUUUCAGACCCACAAGGUAAUAAUAAUUGGCAAUGGAUUGAUAAGACACCUUUUGAGAAAAAUGUCAGAUUUUGGCACGCAAAUGAACCCAAUCAUUCUGAAGAGCAAUGUGGUUCAAUAGUCUUCUGGAAACCUAAAGGAUGGGGAUGGAAUGAUGUUCUCUGUGAAACUAGAAGAAAUUCAAUAUGUGAGAUGAAUAAGAUUUAUCUAUGAGUGGAACUUCUUUCACUGACAUUUUAAAAACUGAAACCUAUCAUGAAAUGAUAAUUUCUUCCUGUAAUUUACACAUAAUCCUUAUGUUAUAAAGGUUCAUAGAAAUGGAAAGAUACCUGUCUCCCUAUAAUCAAUCUUCUUCUAGUUUCCUCUUUUCCACUAAUGAUAGAAUGAGCUCUUCCUCUCUUUCUUCUUUCACUUGUUAUUCAUUUUGUUCUUUCUUCAUACUUCAUUACACAGACAUUAAUUGUUUCAGAGACUGUACUGUUUUGUUUGUUAGAAGAUUUUUAAGGCAGUAUCUUUUGAAAAUGACGACCUUUCUUCCUCAAAAUACCGUAAAGAAAUCUUUUUGGUUGAGAACUGCAAUCAUCUGAAGGCCUGACAAGAGUUGAAAGAUCUGUUUUCUAGAUGGCUCACUUGCAUGGCUGGCAACUUGGUGUUG